GCUGAGCAGCAGUCCGUUGAAUGCUCCACUAAAGUAGGACACCGCCCCGCUGCACGGCGACGCAGACAGCCAGGGUGGAGUUAAAACAGCAGUGGUAGGAGCGGAUAGGGAGGGGAACCAAGAAAAAAAAAGUGGCAAUCUGGUCUUUCCCCCUCGCUAAAAAUUCGCGUUGUAUCGGAAAGUGCUUAUACCGCGAGCAUUUCUGGUUGUCAGAGCCCCAGUGGUCGCCGGCGGGACUGGAUUCACAAGCUCAGCCAGGGAGAAGAAAUCCAGAGUUGACCAUCUGACUGGGCAAGAGGGCUGUCAAUCAAACAUUGGUUUACAUCAGGUGUGACUUGGGCGGAGGUGCAGAGCAGCAAUCAUGGUGGCCCUGUCACUAAAGAUCAGCGUGGGGAACGUGGUGAAGACCAUGCAGUUUGAGCCCUCCACCGUGGUGUACGACGCAUGCCGCAUCAUUAGGGAGAGAGUUCCUGAGGCACAGCUCGGCCAGCCCAAUGACUAUGGGCUGUUUCUGUCUGAUGAAGACCCAAAGAAAGGCAUCUGGUUGGAGGCAGGAAAGGCCCUGGACUACUACAUGUUGAGGAAUGGGGACACUUUGGAGUACAAGAAGAAACAGAGGCCUCUGAAGAUCCGCAUGCUGGACGGCACAGUGAAGACCGUCAUGGUGGACGACUCCAAGAUUGUCAGCGACAUGCUGAUGACCAUUUGUGCUAGAAUAGGCAUUACAAACUACGAUGAGUACUCGCUGGUGCGUGACAUCGGUGAAGAGAAAAAGGAGGAGAUCACAGGUACGCUGAAGAGAGACAAGACUCUGCUGAGGGACGACAAGAAGAUGGAGAAGCUGAAGCAGAAGCUCCACACAGAUGAUGAGUUGAACUGGUUGGACCAUGGCAGGACGCUGAGGGAGCAGGGCGUGGAGGAGACAGAGAUGUUGCUACUCAGGAGGAAGUUCUUCUACUCAGACCAGAACGUGGACUCCAGAGACCCCGUCCAGCUCAACCUGCUCUACGUGCAGGCCCGCGAUGACAUUCUGAACGGAUCCCACCCUGUCUCCUUUGACAAGGCCUGUGAGUUCGCAGGAUAUCAGUGCCAGAUUCAGUUCGGUGACCACAACGAGUCCAAACACAAGGCUGGAUUCUUAGAUUUAAAGGAGUUCCUUCCCAAAGAGUACAUCAAGAACAAAGGAGAGAAAAAGAUCUUCCAGGCACACAAAAACUGUCAGAACAUGACUGAGAUUGAGGCCAAAGUGAGUUACGUGAAGCUGGCCAGGUCUCUGAAAACCUACGGAGUGUCCUUCUUUCUGGUCAAGGAGAAAAUGAAGGGCAAGAACAAGUUGGUGCCUCGUCUGCUGGGUAUCACCAAGGAGUGUGUGAUGAGGGUGGACGAGAAGACCAAGGAGGUGAUCCAGGAGUGGAACCUGACCAACAUCAAACGCUGGGCUGCCUCACCCAAGAGCUUCACCCUGGACUUUGGAGACUACCAGGAUGGUUACUACUCUGUGCAGACCACUGAGGGAGAGCAGAUAGCUCAGCUUAUUGCUGGUUAUAUCGACAUCAUCCUCAAGAAGAAAAAGAGCAAAGACCACUUUGGCCUGGAGGGAGAUGAAGAGUCAACCAUGCUGGAAGACUCUGUGUCACCCAAAAAGUCCACAGUACUGCAGCAGCAGUUCAACAAGGUGGGCAAGGUGGAGACGGGCUCAGUGGCCCUGCCAGCCAUCAUGCGCUCAGGAGCUGGAGGGCCGGAGAGCUUUCAGAUGGGCUCCAUGCCACAGGCCAAGCAACACAUCACCAGUGGACAAAUGCAUAGAGGACACAUGCCUCCACUGACUUCAGCACAACAAGCACUGACUGGAACCAUCAACUCCAGUAUGCAGGCUGUCCAGGCGGCCCAGGCCUCUCUGGAUGACUUUGAUACGCUGCCCCCACUGGGAACAGAUGCUGCAUCCCAAGCAUGGCGCAAAAACAAGAUGGAUGAGUCCAAACAUGAGAUCCAUUCACAGGUGGAUGCCAUCACAGCAGGCACUGCCUCCAUGGUCAACCUCACUGCAGGUGACCCAGCAGAGACGGACUACACAGCAGUGGGCUGUGCUGUUACUACAAUCUCCUCUAACCUGACGGAAAUGUCAAAGGGUGUUAAACUGUUGGCAGCGCUGAUGGAGGAUGCAGGAGGAAAUGGUCAGCAGCUGCUGGGAGCUGCCAAAAACCUGGCCUGUGCUGUAUCUGACAUGCUAAAGACUGCUCAGCCUACAAGCACAGAGCCUCGUCAAAACCUGCUGCAGGCUGCCGGAAAUGUGGGCCAGGCCAGUGGAGAACUGCUGUCUCACAUAGGAGAGGCAGAUACUGAUCCACAGUUCCAGGACAUGCUGAUGCAGCUGGCUAAGGCUGUGGCUAACGCUGCAGCGGCUCUGGUGCUUAAAGCCAAAAAUGUGGCCCAGAAGACCGAGGACUCAGCCCAGCAGAACCGUGUCAUUGCUGCAGCCACUCAGUGUGCUCUGUCCACAUCCCAGCUGGUGGCCUGCACCAGGGUGGUGGCUCCCACCAUCAGCUCCCCAGUGUGCCAGGAGCAGCUGAUCGAGGCAGGCAAGCUGGUGGCCAAAUCAGUAGAAGGCUGUGUAGAGGCGUCACAGGGGGCCACCAGUGACGAGGCCCUCCUGAAACAGGUGGGCGUGGCUGCCACAGGCGUCACUCAGGCCCUCAACGAGCUGCUGCAACACAUUAAACAGUAUGCCAGUGGAGGCCACCCUAUCGGGCGUCAUGGAGAAGCAACAGACCGCAUUCUGGACGUUACAGAAAACAUCUUCAGUUCAAUGGGAGAUGCUGGUGAGAUGGUUCGUCAGGCUCGUAUCCUUGCCCAGGCCACGUCUGAUCUGGUCAAUGCCAUCAAGAUGGAUGCAGAGGGAGAGUCUGACCUGGAGAACUCGCGCAAACUGCUGUCAGCCGCCAAGCUGCUGGCCGAUGCCACGGCCAAGAUGGUGGAGGCCGCUAAGGGUGCAGCAGCAAACCCUGACAGCGAGGAGCAGCAGCAAAGGUUGCGUGAGGCUGCUGAAGGUCUCCGCAUGGCCACCAAUGCUGCCGCUCAGAAUGCUAUCAAGAAACGGCUGGUCAACAAGCUGGAGAAUGCAGCCAAACAGGCAGCCGCAGCAGCCACGCAGACCAUAGCCGCUGCCCAGCAUGUCGCUUCGUCCAACAAGAACCAGGCUGCACAGCAACAACUUGUUCAGAGCUGCAAGAUGGUGGCAGAGCAGAUUCCACAGCUGGUUCAGGGAGUCCGAGGCAGCCAGUCUCAGCCUGACAGCCCCAGCGCUCAGCUGGCCCUCAUCAGUGCCAGCCAGAACUUCCUGCAGCCUGGUGCCAAGAUGGUCACGGCCUCCAAGGCCACUGUUCCCACCAUCAGUGAUCAGGCCUCAGCGAUGCAGCUCAGUCAGUGUGCCAAGAACCUGGCUACUGCCCUGGCUGAGCUCCGCACUGCCUCACAGAAGGCUCAGGAAGCAUGUGGUCCGUUAGAGAUAGAGAACGCCCUGUCAAUGGUGAGAGGUCUGGAGAAGGGCAUCCAGGAAGCCAAGGCUUCAGCUGAGCAGGGCAAACUCAAACCACUGCCAGGAGAGACGCUUGAGAAAUGCUCCCAGGAUCUGGGUACCAGCACCAAGGCAGUGAGCUCGGCCAUCGCCCAGCUGUUGAGUGAGGCCACCCAGGGCAAUGAGAACUACACAGGCAUGGCAGCUAGAGAUGUGGCCCAGGCUCUAAAAUCCUUGGGCUCAGCUGCCCGAGGAGUCGCUGCCACCACAGAAGACCUAGCAGCACGCAACGCCAUGCUGGACUGCGCUAGUGACGUCAUGGAUAAGUCAGCCAACCUGAUCGAAGAGACUAAGAGGGCCGUCGCUAAGCCAGGAGAUGCAGAGAGUCAGCAGAGGCUGGCCCAGGUGGCUAAGGCAGUGUCUCAGGCCCUGAACAGAUGUGUGAACUGCCUUCCUGGCCAGAGGGAUGUGGACAACGCCAUCCGCACUGUGGGCGAAGCCAGCAAGACUCUCCUCGCUGAUUCUUUCCCAUCCAGUGGAAGGAGCUUCCAGGAUGUUCAGGCUCAGCUCAACAAGGUGGCCGCUGGUCUGAACCAGUCAGCCAAUGAGGUGGUCCAGGCGUCCAGAGGGACCACCCAGGACCUUGCUAGGGCCACCAGCAAGUUUGGGCAGGACUUCAGCAACUUCCUGGAGGCUGGCGUUGACAUGGCCGGAACAUCUCAGUCUAAAGAGGGUCAGACACAGGUGGUGUCCAACCUGAAGACAAUCUCUAUGUCAUCAAGCAAGCUGCUGCUGGCAGCUAAAGCCUUGUCCACUGAUCCCAGCUCCCCUAACCUCAAGAACCAGCUAGCAGCCGCAGCUCGGGCAGUCACAGACAGCAUCAACCAGCUUAUCACCAUGUGUACUCAGCAGGCUCCAGGUCAGAAGGAAUGCGACAAUGCUCUCAGAGAGCUGGAGUCGGUGAGCGGGAUGCUGGAGAACCCGACAGAAGCCGUCAAUGAGAUGUCGUACUUUGACUGCAUCGACAGCGUCAUGGAGAACUCUAAGGUCCUUGGUGAGUCCAUGGCUGGCAUUUCCCACAAUGCCAAGAACUCCAAUUUGCCAGAGUUUGGUGAUUCUGUCAGUGCCGGCUCCAAAGCUCUCUGUGGUCUGACUGAAGCAGCUGUACAGGCUGCCUAUCUGAAUCAGUCUAUCCAGAUGGCCUGCCAGAACCUGGUGGACCCAGCCUGCACACAGUCCCAGGUGCUGUCUGCUGCCACCAUUGUGGCCAAACACACCUCUGCCCUCUGUAAUGCCUGCCGCCUGGCCUCAUCCAGAACUGCCAACCCUGUUGCCAAGAGGCAGUUUGUCCAGUCAGCCAAGGAAGUGGCCAACACCACUGCUAACCUGGUCAAGUCCAUAAAGGCUUUGGAUGGAGCCUUUAACCAGGAGAACAGAGAAAAAUGUAAGGCUGCCACUGGUCCUCUGAUAGAAGCUGUGGACAACCUGACUGCCUUCGCGUCCAACCCAGAGUUUGCCAGCCUUCCUGCUCAGAUCAGUCCUGAGGGUCAUGCAGCCAUGGAGCCUAUUGUGGUGGCGGCAAAGACAAUGCUGGAGAGCUCCACCGGCCUGAUCCAGACUGCCCGUUCUCUUGCUGUCAAUCCCAAAGACCCCCCCAAAUGGUCAGUGCUGGCUGGACAUUCCAGAACUGUGUCUGACUCCAUCAAAAAACUCAUCACCAGCAUGAGAGAAAAGGCUCCUGGCCAGAGAGAAUGCGAUGAUGCUAUUGAGGUGCUGAAUGGUUGCAUCCGUGAGGUCGAUCAGGCAUCUCUGGCUGCCAUAAGCCAGCAGCUUACACCCCGAGAGGACAUCUCCAUGGAGACUCUCCAUGAGCAGAUGGCUGCCUCAGUUCAUGAGAUCAGUAACUUGAUUGAUCCUGUGGCUGUGGCUGCUCGCUCUGAGGCCUCCCAUCUGGGUCACAAGGUAUCUCAGAUGGCCAGCUACUUUGAGCCCCUGAUCAUGGCGGCCAUUGGCACAGCGUCUAAGAUCCUCAGCAGCCAACAACAGAUGGCUGUCUUAGACCAGACCAAAACCCUGACGGAAUCAGCCCUGCAAAUGCUCUACACUGCCAAAGAAGCUGGAGGAAACCCUAAGGCAGCACACAUGCAGGAGGCCCUGGAGGAGUCUGUGCAGAUGAUGAAAGAAGCAGUAGACGACUUGGGUGCCACUCUGGCUGAGGCAGCCAGUGCAGCAGGUGCUGUGGGUGGCAUGGUGGAGUCUAUCAAUCAUGCAAUUAAUAAAAUGGAAGACACACCUUCACUUGAACCUGAAGGCACCUUUGUGGACUAUCAGACUACCAUGGUUAAGACGGCCAAAGCAAUUGCUGUCACUGUGCAGGAGAUGGUAACCAAGUCUAACACCAACCCUGAUGACCUUGGAGGACUGGCCAACCAGCUGACCAAUGAGUUUGGAAAUCUGGCAGAUGAGGCCAAAUAUGCAGCCAUGACCGCAGAGAAUGAUGAAAUUGGUUCUAACAUUAAGAAGCAAGUCAGUGAGCUGGGUUUCACCUGCACAGGUCUAGUAACAAAAGCUGGAGCUCUGCAGUGCAACCCCAACGACUCAUUCACCAAGAAAGAACUGAUUGAAAGUGCCCGCAAAGUCUCUGAGAAGGUCUCCCAUGUUUUGGCGUCACUGCAGGCAGGUAACCGUGGCACCCAGGCCUGCAUCACAGCAGCCAGUGCUGUGGCAGGAAUCAUCGCAGACCUCGACACCACCAUCAUGUUUGCUACUGCUGGAACUCUGAACAGAGAGAACGCAGAGACCUUUGCUGACCACAGAGAAUACAUCCUGAAAACAGCCAAGGCUCUGGUGGAGGACACAAAGCUGCUGGUGUCCGGUGCUGGAGCCAGUCAGGAGAAACUGGCUCAGGCUGCCCAGUCCUCGGUGUCCACCAUCACCAAACUGGCCGAUGUGGUCAAAUUUGGAGCUGCAAGCCUGGGUGCUGAAGACCCAGAGACUCAGGUUGUACUGAUCAAUGCAGUGAAAGAUGUGGCCAAAGCUCUGGGUAACCUCAUUAGUGCCACCAAGGCAGCUGCAGGCAAACCUCACGAUGACCCCAGCAUGCUGCAGCUUAAGAACUCUGCUAAGGUGAUGGUGACCAAUGUAACAUCCCUCCUGAAGACUGUGAAGGCAGUGGAGGAUGAAGCCACAAAAGGGACCAGAGCGUUGGAGGCUACUAUUGAACACAUCAAACAGGAGCUGGCUGUGUUCAGCAGUUCUGACCCACCACCGAAGAAGACCACUCCAGAGGAGUUCAUUCGCACGACUAAAGGAAUCACUAUGGCAACAGCCAAGGCAGUGGCUGCUGGGAACUCUUGUCGUCAAGAAGAUGUCAUUGCCACAGCCAACCUCAGCAGAAGGGCCAUCGCUGAUAUGCUGCACUCCUGCAAGGAAGCGGCCUACCACCCAGAGGUCAACAAAGAUGUCCAGAUGAGAGCUCUGCGCUAUGGCAAAGAGUGUGCCUCUGGAUAUCUGGGACUGCUGGAGCAUGUGCUGGUGAUCAUCCAGAAACCAUCUCAUGAUCUGAAACAACAGUUGGCUGGCUACUCCAAGAGGGUUGCAGGCUCUGUCACUGAGCUCAUCCAGGCUGCUGAGGCCAUGAAAGGCACAGAGUGGGUCGACCCCGAGGAUCCCACCGUCAUUGCUGAAAAUGAGCUGUUGGGAGCAGCGGCAGCGCUGAGGCCCAGGACCAAACCCAAGGAGGCAGAUGAGAGCUUGAACUUUGAGGAGCAGAUUCUGGAGGCAGCCAAGUCCAUUGCAGCUGCCACUAGUGCUCUGGUCAAAGCUGCUUCAGCAGCACAGAGGGAGCUGGUGGCUCAAGGGAAGGUGGGAGCAAUCCCAGCCAAUGCGGUGGAUGAUGGACAGUGGUCUCAGGGGCUGAUCUCAGCUGCUCGAAUGGUUGCUGCAGCAACCAAUAACUUGUGUGAAGCAGCCAACUCUGCAGUGCAGGGACACGCCAGCGAGGAGAAGCUCAUCUCGUCAGCCAAGCAGGUGGCGGCCUCCACUGCUCAGCUUCUCGUGGCCUGCAAGGUCAAGGCUGAUCAGGACUCCCAGACCAUGAAGAGGCUCCAGGCUGCUGGAAAUGCUGUGAAGAGAGCCUCUGAUAACCUGGUGAAGGCGGCCCAGAAAGCAGCGUUUGAUGCUCAGGAUGACCAGGCUGUGGUGGUCAAGAGCAAGAUGGUGGGCGGUAUUGCUCAGAUCAUCGCCGCUCAGGAGGAGAUGCUGCGGAAAGAAAAGGAGCUGGAAGAGGCCAGGAAGAAGCUAGCCAUGAUCAGACAGCAGCAGUACAAGUUCCUUCCCUCAGAGCUUCGGGAGGAUGGCCAGGACCAAUGAGAGCGUGUGCACCAAGCACACACAUCAGUAAUGUAACAGUGAUCCAUGGAGCGCUCGGGACCUUCCCUCAGCUCCAUGUAAACAGAGGAGGCUUCAUGCUUAAGUAGAAAUGUUAGGCAGAGUGACUCCAGUUUCACAGGGCAUAUCAGGAUGGUUUCUGUCAAUCUGUUUCUGUAUUUAAUAUUACAAGUCAAAAAUGUAAUAAUGCCAAUUAUUACAAAUUUGGAUAACACUGAAAUAUAUUUGUAUUAAGAUCCAAAUUGAGGUAUUUGUGCUUUUGAUUAUAUAUGAUCGUAUACUUUUUCAACAUAUCUGGCUCCUUUUUCAUUCUUUUGUCUGGAUUGCAUGUCGCCGUUGUGCACAUGCUUUGUGACUUCAAAAACGACAAAGUACUGUCAUUAAAUUCUGCUCGCCUUCACUGUUAGAACUUACUGUUAGAGCUUAGAAAUAGGAAGGCAAGCACAGUUUAUGCUUCUAUGCAAAUUAUGAACAAUGUAUGCAAAUAUUUUAUGCAGAUGUUUUGUGUGGGUGGGUGUGUGUGUGUGUGUGUGUGUGUGUGUGUGUGAGAGAGAGAGAGAGAGAACAUGUUUAGAGGUAAUGAUGUUCAGUAUUUGUCAUACUGUUCAAAUCUGAGGUAAAGACAAGGAACUAAAAUAUUUUUUAAGUUUAGAUUUAGAAAACUUGCGACAGAACAAAUCAGUAAAAUAUUUUUAAUACAUUUCAUAGCUCCAUCUUUAAAAUAAUGAAUCUACAACAAGAUGCUAUCUUAAAAGUUGUUUGUGUUAGUAUUUCGAUUUAAGCGGCCUCAAUAUUUAGGCCAGGAUUAGAUUAGACUUGGUUGCGUAAAGAUUAUGAAGCCAUAUAUUUAAUGUUCAAGACAUUUGACAUCAUAUUGACUGUAUCUGUGCGCUCAGUGUUUACUGACUCACUUCAACGUGUGCCAUUUAAGUGUCUGACAGAGUGCUUAUUUCUGUCAGUACAAUCCUGUGAUGCUAGUGUGUAUUCCUGAUGAUUUGGUAGAUAUUAUGGUUAAAUAGUACAUUAAGUUCAGUUUAUUUCUGAUUAUCAAGGGCUUAAUGUUAUCACACUGUUUGUUUCCAGUAUAUCAGUACUUGCAAAGGGCCUUCGGUGUAAUUAUGUGAUACCAGCUAUUUACCCACUAUGUGCACUUAAUUCAUAACUAAUUUCAGUAGAAUUCAGUAAUGCCAUGCUUGCACACCUUUUUUCCCUUUUACAUAUUUUCUAGAACAAACAACCUUUCUUUUGUACACGUUUGACUUAGCUGUGGUAUAAAUGUAAUGCUGGUGUACAGCAAUACCACCUCAUGGGCACUGUAACAGAGAAUUAUAUUCAAUAAAGCCACCUUUCAGUGCAA